AUGAAGAGCGAAUCUGUGGUAAUUAUUGGUGCUGGCAUCAUUGGACUGAAUGUUGCCCUGGUCCUUGCCGAGCAAGGCUAUGCCAGUCAAACAACCAUCAUAGCUGAGCACCUCCCGGGUGAUACAUCCAUAAACUAUACUUCGCCAUGGGCUGGCGCAAACUUCUCUGCUCUUUCUGCAAGCGAUAAGAAUGCCUUGCGAUGGGAUCAACUUGGGUACAAACACCUCCUCAAACUUGCCGCACAAGAUGGCAUGAAGGCAUUUGUUCGGGAAACACCUUCUACGGAGUACUGGGAUGAAAUGCCGUCACGCACGAAGCUCGAUUCCAUGGCUAGCUAUCUGAAGGAUUACAAAGAGAUUCCUCAGAAGGACCUACCAGAAGGCGUUGCAAGUGGUGUCAAAUUCACCACAGUAACCCUGAAUGCCCCGAUGCAUAUUCGCUAUCUUGUCCAAAGACUUAGAGAGUACGGAGUGCGUGUCAUCCGUAAAAAGGUCUCUGGUGUUACCUCUGGUUUCCUCAGCAAGGACACAAAGAUUGUCUUCAACUGCACCGGUAACGCUGCUCGUACCCUGAAGGGUGUCGAGGACCCUAAGUGCUACCCCACCAGAGGUCAAAUUCUACUGGCCAAGGCAGCACACGUCAACCAAAAUGUGAUGCGACACGGGAAGGAUUAUGAGACAUACAUUAUUCCACGACCACACUCGAAUGGUAAUGUCAUUCUAGGUGGAUAUAUGCAGAAGGGAGUUGGCUUGCCUGAUACACUUGGAGAGGAAACCGAGUCUAUCUUAUCCCGGACGAAGGCAAUGCUACCUGAGCUUGAAUCACCCGAAACAGAGAUCCUCGCGGCAUUUGCAGGCUUGCGCCCAUCACGAGAGGGAGGUGCUCGAGUUGCCAGUGAAGUCGUGAAGGUCGAUGAUUCGGAGCGAGAGGGCCUCGUUGUUCACAACUACGGCGCUGGAGGAACGGGAUUCCAGGCUGGGUAUGGAAUGGCAGUUGAUGCGGUUGGAUGCGCGUUGGGUGAACUUGAAAAACUUCAGGUCAAAUCAUCUCUCUAG